AAUUAACUUUUCUCCCCCACCAACUUCUCUCACCAACCCUCGGUGAUCUUCCCAGCGUGUCCCGCGCCAUGUCACAAUAAUCAACUAAUCCACCUCCAUAAAUCUCAAGCUCAAACCAAAAGCAUGAACACAACACAAUUGUUGCGAAUCCAUCUUUAAAGAUGCAAGUGAAAAUCUUAGAAACAAAAUCCAUUCUUCCUUCCACACUACCUUUUAACGAUGACCACGUUCUCCCUCUUUCCCACCUAGACAAUGACCCCAACCUCCGUGUAACCUUCCGUUACCUCCGCGUAUAUGACAACAAACCCACUGACCCCCAGCCCUUCCACGUCAUCGCCACUGCUCUCUCCUCCGCUCUUCUUCAUUACUACCCUCUUGCCGCCACCCUUCGUCACGUCGGCAACCAACGUCUCUCGCUGUUUUGCCAGGUGGGCCAGGGUCUCCCUCUUGUCAAUGCCACUGUGGACUGCACACUAGAAUCUUUGAACUAUCUUGACGACCCGGAUUCGGAUUUUGUGGAGCAACUAGUUCCCGACCCGGAUUCGGAGGAGGUGUUGCUUAAUCCGUGUAUUUUACAGGUCACGGUGUUCAAGUGUGGUGGGUUCACUCUGGGUGCUGCUAUACAUCACGCUUUGUGUGAUGGACUUGGUGCGACCCAGUUUUUCAAUGCGGUGGCUGAGUUGGCGCGUGGGGCGGCUCAGGUGUCGGCUCAACCGGGUUGGGACCGAGCGAGAUUGUUGGGUCCAAGAGAUCCACCGCGGGUUGAAGGUUCUGUUACGGAGUUUUUGAGGUUGGAGAAAGGGUUUAAACCGUACCGUCAAGCGGUUGGACCAGUUGUUAGAGAAUGCUUUAAUGUGACGGAUGAGUGUUUGGAUCAGUUGAAACUUGCAUUGCUCGAGAAUUGUGGCUUGAGUUUUACCACGUUUGAGGCUUUGGGUGCCUUCUUAUGGCGAGCCAAGGUCAGAUGUUCAGGGAUUCCUGGAGAUGAAAAUGUGAAGUUCGCGUAUGCAACCAAUGUUCGGAAAAUAGUGAAGCCUCCUCUACCUUUUGGAUAUUGGGGUAAUGGCUGUGUUCCGAUGUACGCGCAGCUUAGAGCCAAAGAACUAGUAGAGCAACGACUUUGGAAGACUGCUGAACUGAUUAAGAGGAGCAAAAGCAAUACCACUGAUGAGUAUGUGCGCUCAUUUAUCGAUUUUCAGGAGCUGCAUUCUGGAGAUGGUAUCACAGCGGGUAAUGAAGUGAGUGGAUUCACAGAUUGGAGGCACUUAGGCCAUUCGAGUUUUUGCACACUAGAUGCGUUUGCUCAAACGCCUAUGGCUUAA